AUGGCUUUCUUGAUCAAGAGCAUGAUUGGGAACCCCCUGUCAGGAAUUGGUCUUGGUGGUGGAGGUGACAAAGAAGAGGAGGCCACCCCCUCAGAUCCAGCCAAAGCAGCAGGGAUGACACGAGAGGAGUAUGAAGAGUACCAAAAACAAGUGGUGGAGGAGAAGAUGGAGAGAGAUGCAGAUUUCUUACACAAGAAGGCAGAGAGGGCAACACUCAGGGUGUGCCUCAGAGAAAAAUACAGGCUGCCAAAGAGUGAGCAGGACGAGAACAUGAUCGAGAUGGCCGGGGACGAUGUGGAUGUGCCUGAGGAGCUGCUCAAGAUGGUGGAUGAGGACGCCACGGAGGAGGAGGGCAAGGACUCUCUCAUGGGUCAGUUUCAGAACUUGCAGAGCAUGGACAUGGACCAGCUGAAGGAGAAGGCCUCGGCCACUGUCACCGAGCUGAAGACUAAAGCAGAAGAGAAGUGCUCUGUCAUGUGAGGGGCCACACGCAUCUGUCUGUGAUUGAGAAAAAAAAUAGGAAAAGAAGGGAGAAGACAAGAGCAAAAGAAAAUGAAUUUCAGCACUUUCUGGGAAUCGGCAGACAGAGCUCUGGUAAUAAGUCACAUAUUUCAAGCAGUAAAACAAAACAUUUUUGUUCCCUAAAUAAAAGUUGACAGUAAUGACAGAGUGUGAUUGCAAUAUCACAAAAUACUCUAAAUAAAAACCAGGGUGGCUCAUCUCUCCCCUGUGACAUUUUUCUCUUGAUAAAUUGUGUAGAAAAGUUCCCCCAGCAAAGCACCUCACUAACAUUCUCAUAAGCCACAUAACAUUAAAAAUGUUGACUAUCUAUGAUCAAAUGUUGACAUGUGUCGGAAAAUGAGAAACAAAAGUCUCAAAAAGUGUGAUUUCAGUUUACAGAUUUGCAACGCUGUACAAAGACUCGGUCAUAAAAACCAUAUUUAAGUAAUAACCCAAUCCUGUGUGAGUGUUUCACCUUUCCUUUUGGUUUGAUGAAUAUUCUAGAUUUUGUUUGUUUGUUUUUUUGUAUGUGGUGU